UUUCAACACUUCCUUGGCGUCCGCGUCAGUGGUGUGUCGAUUCCGGGCCGAUUCGGAGGUGCCUCCCCGAAUGUGAAAGAAGGCUCCCCUUUCGGGCGCGUCCGUGUCUGUGUGUGUGAUGGCGUCAGGACGUCGUCAGCUUCUGUCAUUCCUGGGGCCACUGUUGUUGAUUUGCGGGGCCCAAAAUGUGGCCCCGAUGAUGCAGCUCCGCUUCCCGUUCAGCCACACCAACUUCAGUCUCAGUCUCUACAAGGCAGCCUUCAAGCCGGAGCAGAAUGUGAUCGUGGCACCGUUUACGCUCCAGAACUCGAUCGCGAUGCUGUACUCGAUCGCGAGCGGUGCUUCGCGCGAACGGCUGCGGGAAGUGUUUGCGCUUCCGGCCAACUUCAGUGAGUUUCUGGCGGAGCAGAAGGAACUGCACUACACGCUGAGCGAAGGAUCGGAGGGCUUCCGGAUGAAGAACCGCAUCAUCGUGAACGGGUUCCGCGAGGUGGACUCCCGGAUGCGGGACAUUAUGGCCGAGGACCUGAACACGCUGCUCAUGUAUCUGGACUUUUCGCAACGUGAGAGUGUCCUGCGGAGGGCUAACCACUUUCUGAAUGUGCGCACGAAUGGCCUCAUCCGGGAUACGCUGUUCCUGGGGGACGUUCCGAAGCACCUGCAGUUGAUCCAGCUGAGUGCGGGGCUGUGCCGACCUCCGUUCGCCAGUGGGUUCGACGCCCGGGACACCUUUGCCCGAGACUUUCGAUCCGGGUGGAUCGAGAAACUGUACCAAACGACCACCAUGUACAAGGAGGGUGACUUUCGGUUCGCACGCAUCCCGGAGCUGGAGAUCGAAGUGCUGGAGUUGCCGUUCCAGGCGCGCAGUGAUUCGAGCAUGUGGAUUAUGCUGCCGGACCGGGAUGCUGGACUGGAACGGAUCGUGAAAAUCCUGGAGCCGGAACACUUUGACGCGAUCCACGCCCAUUUCAGCAGCAAACGGGCUAGCAUCGUGGUGCCAGUGUUUUCGAUCAAGACGGAGUUUAAUGCGACCGAUUUUCUUCGCGACACGAUCGGACUCGAACCGUUGUUUCGAUUGCGUGAGCUGCGAUUCUUUAGUGACCAGGACUCGGGGCUGGAUAGUGUGAUGCACCGGGCAGCGAUCAGUGUUCACGAACGUACGGCCGAUGCCGGUGGCGUAGCGGCGGUCCACAGUUUCAGCAAACGCAGCACCGCCAGCUACCAGUUCUACGUGGGCCGGUCGUUUCUGUUCGCCAUCCUGAAGCGCUCCUCGAAGCAGAUCCUGUUCAUUGGUCAUCUGUACCGGCCGCACGAUUUGGUCGAAGUAUGAAGCGUAGUGCCCUAAGUGUCAUUCCUUGAUGUGGCUGCCAACAGUGUGAAUUUAAAGACCCGAAAGAUUCCGAGUUGAUCCGAAAUAAAACAUUUUAAAGCGCGGACCGGAUUUCGGAAGUUCGCCGAGAAGUUCGCGCCAGUUCGUUCGCCCGCGAACUGACUUCACCAUCAGAUGCUAUCGUUUGUCGAGUAAAUUUCAGUGCAAUCACUUCCAAAUACUUUCCAAAUCUCGCUCCGUCUUUCUCGUAGCUUGUCGGUUGAAGAGCUAUCGAACUUUGUUCCUGCCCGAGAGCCCAAGGGAGCAUAUUUUCUGUUUCUAACGUUGCACGGGCAAAGAAAAGGUGAACGUCAGUGCACCACGUUGGAGCUGUCUCUGCCAUUUCAACUAUGGAAUCCAGGAUUACGACUCCAGCGCAAAAGUUCGGCGCGUCUUAUCGGCGUUCCUGCUGCCAGCAUGCAGUCGGAAUCGGAAAAGUGCACACGCGACCACGCGUGGCUGCACAAUCGAAACGCCCUUAUUUGUCAGAACCAGUCAGAUUCGGCGAACGAAAUCGAUUUUGCAGUGCAGCAACCAUCCUAUCCAUGUUCCAGGACCCUCCGGCAAGCCCUGAGAGAGGCCAUUUUCGUUCCCGUUAUGAAAUGUAAAUCCGUGCAGAUUGAGCGGUUUUGCGAUUCGAUGCCGAUGUCCGAAGCGUUCUGAAAUGCGACGGGGAAAUUCAAUUCCGCAACACACAAAUGGAGACGAAUUUCGACGGAAAACUAUUAUCCCUUCGUGAUUGGCGUUUAAAUGGGGCCCUUCGGUGGGAAAAAAGAAACGGUGAUGAUGAAUAUUGAUGCCUACAAAUGGCGCGGCGCACUGAUUUGAUUUGCCCUCGGUUCGCGGUCCUUCUUGGAAUGACCAUCGCUCUCCAAAAGAGCGACUCGACCCGAGGACGGAUUUGGGUAAAAUAAACUGAUUUGCAGGUGACUUAUUAAUGCUGUAAGCAAAACAGAGGUCUGUUAGCUGAGAAAAAAACAAAUCAUUAAAUCACGGCUCACAACCGAAAUGCGGUGCCCAUCUCACUGAAAGUAAGAACGAAUUCCAUUCGCCGCCUAAAAGUUUUACAUUUUUCACGCCCUUCGAAGUAGAAAGGCAAAGUUUUCAUCUUCAACACAAAAGAUGCUCGCCUCGGUACGCCACUCGAAACAUUGCGGGAAGAAUGUGGAACCAACCCACUGUGUU